AUGUUUUCCUUGAAUACCUUCUCUGAAGAAUGCACAGAGGCUUUGAACAAAGUUGUGGCUUACCACCUGCAUACCUCCCAUGUAUAUUUAGCAAUGGCCUACAGUUUCAUCACCGACACUGAUGAGGAAAAACCUUCUUUUGUCUCAUACUUUGAAAACCUGUCUGAUAGUAGGAGGGAACUUGCAGGUGAAUUCCUAGAACGUCUAUGGAAACGUAACAACAAGAUCUGCCCUCCAACAUAUGAGGAGGUUGACUUGGAGGAAAUAACCACACCUGUAAAAGCCAUACUAUUGGCCCAGACGAUGGAAAGAACAUUAACCAGCAUCCUGCUAGAUCUAAAGGCUGCUGCGGAUCAUGAAUCAGAUCUCUUAAAACUUCUAAAAUUGGUCCUCCGAAAACAAAAAAAGAAUGAAGAUUAUAUGAAAAGUCAACUUGCUUAUGAGCAAAGAAUUGAAAGGGAGAACGCCCAGACUGAAGAAACUUCUACCUCAUCAGCUGUAGUAAGACCUCGGAAGCUGAAGAGGCAGCAUGAUAGAGAUUAA